AUGCCAUCUGAAUUACAAUACGAAUGGCUCACCUUCCGAAAUGAGUUGAAACAAUUAGAAGAGAUAAAAAUUCCACGAUGGCUUGGCAUGCGGCCGCAGGCUGAAUCACAUAUAUAUGGUUUUUGCGAUGCCAGCACUAAGGCAUAUGCUGCUGUCAUUUACUUAUGCACUAAACGCAACGAUGGGCAACCUAUUAGUCAGAUAGUUGCAUCGAAAACUCGAGUAGCGCCACUACAUAGCAUCACUAUACCUCGCUUGGAGUUGAGCGCUGCCCAUCUAUUGGCUACACUUCUGGGCGAAAUAAAAGGAGCUCUACGCUUGGAGCAGAUAUCAUACCGAUUGUUUCCAGAUUCCAAUAUUGUGUUACAUUGGCUGCAUAAAAGCACAUCGCAGUUGAACCAAUAUGUGGCAAAUCGGGUUGGCUUCAUUCAGCAGAAAACUGAUAUUGCAAAUUGGCAUCAUAUCCCUACAAAAUUGAAUCCAGCUGAUUGUGCAAGCCGUGGCAGCACUGUAUCAGCGCUACUACAUCAUCAUUUGUGGUGGCAUGGCCCCACAUCGGAUAACUAUCCAAUCGCCAGAAUACAUACAUUGGCACCAGAGGAGAUCGUGGAGAUGGAGGGGGAAUUAAAACCAGUAAAAUCCAAUGUAAUGCAGACAACCACAUUGCACACAUUGCAAACUCGGUAUUCCGAUGGCAGGCAGACCAUCAUCAUCGACUUACUAGACCGCUUCAGUAAUCUUGGCAAAUUGCUUCGUUCUACGGCAUACCUCAUGAGAUUUAAGAAAAAUCAUCGCCACUAUCGGUCUAAUUUACACGUAUCAGCAGCCGAGAUAGAUAUAGCGCUAUAUUGGCAUAUACAUGCAGAGCAAGGCAGGUUUUUCCUGCCAGAAAUCGCAUCAUUACGCAAGGCACUGACGAUUCCAUCUUCAAGCAAGCUCCUGGCAUUGGCUCCGUUUACUGAUGAUUAA